AUAGAUAAUUGAGAAGAAGCUUGAAAAGGAACCAAGAGCGAAGAGACACUUACGCAAGGCAAACGCAGCCCUCCUAUAGCUAGCUUUGUCACGAUUCAUGCAUAAGCCUGGUACACAACAAAGAAAAACAAAGAGAGAGAGAGAGAGAGAGAGAGAGAGAGAGAGAGAGCCGAAGAUAGAAUAGGAGGAGGAGAAAAAUUUAUAAAGGGGAAAAAAAAAAAGAAAAAAAAAAAAGGGCUUCGCAGCAAAGGCCAAGGCGAAGAUUAACAGCCGAGAGAGUUGGGGAAUGGGUCUUCUCCUGGUCUUCUUUCCUGAAGAUCACCAGAGUUCCGCCAUUGUUGACAAAAACAAGCUCUUCCAAUCCCCUUCUACCUCCAUGUCAUCCUCUUCCUCUUCUCCUUCUCCUUCUUCUUCCUCUUCUUCUUCUUCUUUUUCUUUGUCAAGGUCUUCUAAUUCUUCCUUUAGAAGAAGUAAUUCCAAUAAUAUGAUCCUAACAAAAGCCCAAUCCACCAUUUCCAUUUGUGCCCUCCUCGUCUUCAUAACCCUCCUCCUCUUCACCCUUUCCACCUUCGAACCCACCACAACAAGAGUUCACCAUCCCUCUUCCAGAAGAUCUCUAUCCCAGAACCCGCCAGAUUUAAUCAACGAUUCCGACCCGAAAUUCCGGCCCAAUCCCAAAAUCAACACCCCCAAUUACCAUGGUAAUCCUCUGCUUUUUUCUUCUUCUUCGUCCUCUUGGUACGCCAAAAUGUGGAAGCAGAAAACAGGGGAUUCGAAGGAGAAGAGUAAUAAUCUCAAUCUUCCACAGAGUGCUUUGCAAGGAAUGGGGACUCUGUAUCGAAGAGGUACCAGAGCCAUGAGCGAUCUUGUUGUGGGUCACGUGGGUGAGGAUGUUAAUGAGGAUGAGAUUCGUUUAUUCAUGAGAUUCUUGCUUAGGUCCGGUCUCGCUGCCAAAGCCGACGUCGUUUUGAUUUCAGAUUCUUCGUCCAGAUUUGGUUCGGUAAUUCGAGAAGAGAACGAGUCGUUCUUGAGGCUUAUUGUUCAUCAUAAGCAAUUGAACAGAACCACCACCGGUCGUCGAAGGCGGACCAUUUCGGGUUUCGAUGCGACUCAGUUUUUGAAAAAGAUCGGAAAGAAGGAGGUUGGAGAGCCUUUGUGGGGGAAGAGAUAUCGGAGCAAUUAUAAUUACUCGGAUCGUGGAGAGGAUGAGAGCGAGUUGACUUGGUUCAGUUAUGGAUCGGUGUUGGGUUUUGAGACCUCGGAGCUUGAUCCUGAGAACACGCUUUCCGGGUUCUUAGACCACGUCUCAUUGGGUUUGCGGAGAUGGGCUUGUUAUCCAAUGCUACUCGGCCGAGUUCGACGCAAUUUCAAGCAUAUAAUGUUGGUGGACGUGAAAAACUUGGUGGUUUUGGGUGACCCAGGUGGGCGGGUCAGGAAUCUGAGUCCUGAGUCAGUUCUUGUAUUCAAAAAGUUAGAAACCGUGUCUGGCAAGCAUGGGAAAAAGAACCCGGAUAAAUCUCAGUCCCAUUACCCGGUCAACUCGGCCAUUAUCGCCGGUGGAGCUCGGGGAAUUCGACGGUUGUCGAAUGCCGUAUUAACGGAAAUCGUUCGAGCUGCUAUGCAACACAAGAAGAAGAGCACCGUCACUGAGUCGGAAAUUUUAAACCAACUCGUCAGCAGCGAGUUCAUGGCCAAGAACAUAAAGUUUAUCAAGUCCACUGAGUCAAUCCCGGACUCGAGUUCACUCACUGGACUCGGCACGAACUUAGAUGCUUCCUUGUCUUUAUCAGAAUAUCCUGUUAUUCAACGUGGUAAUAGUAAUCACGAUAUUAAUUCUAUUAUUAUGAAGCAAUUAUGUUCGUCCGAAGUAGAUUCUUCUAUCUAUAGGGAUUGUUAGCAAACCAUAGAAUAAGGGGGGGUAAAUAGAAAUUUCAAUAAGAUAAGUUAUAAGAUUUUUGUUCUUUAUAUUGUUUCUUAUCCUCCCAGUUUUUGUUCUGACAUGUAUAGAAUAUUUCAAAUAUAAAUAUGUGUUCUUAUUUA